AUGCCUGGAAACCUACCAUCGUCUUCGCCAGCUGAGAUUGCGUCCUGGCCAGCACCUAAUUACGAUGACCCGAUCCGGCGAACCUGGAUGCCUGCAUACGCAGGAACCCUCCAGGGCCUGACGACUGUGUUGCUUGGGACGAGGCUCUGGCUAAGGUCUCGUAACAGAGCUGGGGGUUUGGGUCUCGACGACGCUCUGCUCGUACCGGCAUACCUCGCCGCUACGAUGUUCACGGUCGUUGUCAUGCUCAGCACCGAGAAAUACAGUGGAGAUCGCCAUACCUGGGAUGUCCCGUUCACGAACUUCGUUCCAAUUGCGCUCUUGGGCUGGCUGGCUCAAGUCUCCUAUCUGAUCAGCACAUGUUGCACCAAGGUUUCGGUCUUGCUUUUUUAUCGAAGAUUGACUAAAGAYACAUACAACAAGAUAUGGAAGUAUGCAACAAUCACCGCGAUUGUUCUAACGAUCGCCUACUGCAUCGCGUUCGUUCUGUCCCUCGUCUUCAACUGCACGCCGACCAGCGCGUAUUGGAAAAGUUACAAUCCUUCAUACCAGGGGAACUACCACUGUAUACAUGUGGCUUAUCUCAACCCGCUCUCGGGCGCUUUGAGCGUCGUCAGUGACUUGUACAGUGUCGUCCUACCCAUGGGCGCAUUCUGGCAACUCGAAGUCACCAAGCGCCAGAGACGGGCACUCAAUGCAGUGUUCAGCAUCGGGCUGCUGACCGUCGGUGCAGGUAUCGCCAGGACGUAUUACUUAACACAACUUGCAAGUCACUGGGAUCUCAUCUGGUUCGGCUUUGAUGUUUAUGUUUGGGCCCAACUGGAAAUCCAGCUUGCAUUGAUCUGUGCCAGUGUGCCCUCCCUCAGGGUACUUUUCCGGCAAUACCUUGGCGGGUCCAUGACGAGGGCGUUUGGAGAUAAGCGGUCGACUACGGAAGGAACCACACUUCGAGACUCGAGACAGACACUCGACUCGCGAAAUACUGUCGCACGGUUCAAGCGGCUUGCUGAAGAUGAGGAGGGGCUUCCAGUUGCUGGAAAAACAGAGCGUACCAUGGAACAUGCGCGUGAGACUCGGGCAGAAUCGCAGUCCUUUUACGGAAAGCCUGUCAAGACAGCAACAGAGUACGAGCAGGUCGCUUUGGAAGACUUGCGGAGGCUGAGGACAUCGCAACAGUACACCGGAUGGCGGCAUAGUACUCCCAGCAGCUAG